AAAAACCAUCACUUGCUCUCUUCUUCAGAAACCAUCUCUUGCUUCUCCUAGAAAAAAAACCAUCUCUCUUGCUCUGAGUGCAUCAUUAGAGAUUUUGGAAUAGAAUUCCAAGAAUUCUGCAAACAAACAGAGAUGAAACUGGAAGGAAAUUUUAUUGUAUGGGUGUACGCAGUGGCAACAUGGCUUUGGCUUGGAUCAAUCUCGGGGUGGUCAUUCACAUCACAGGACAACAUCCCAUUGCUCAAACAAUACCCAACGAUAACCUUUACCACUGCAGGUGCCACUGCGGAAAGCUACAGAACCUUUAUUAAUGCUAUGCGCAGGCAAUUAUUAAUUGGAGAUGAUGUGAGGCAUCAAAUACCAGUAUUGCGAAAUAGAGUUGGUUUUCCAAUAAACCAACGGUUUGUUUUAGUUCAACUCACAAAUCAGGCAGAGCUUUCUAUUACAUUAGCAGUGGAUGUCACCAAUGUAUAUGUGGUUGGCUACCGUGCAGGAAACAAUGCUUAUUUCUUUCACCCUGACAAUCCGGAAGAUGCAGAAGCAAUUACUCAUCUUUUCACAGAUGCUCAAAGUCGACAAACAUUCUCCUUUGGAGGUAACUAUGAUAGAUUGGAACAACUUGGAGGUCUGAGAGAAAAUAUCGAGUUGGGGAAUGGUCCGCUAGAGGAUGCUAUCUCAGCGCUUUAUUAUUAUAGUACCGGUGGCACUCAGCUUCCAGCUUUGGCUCGUUCCUUUAUGGUUUGUAUUCAAAUGAUUUCAGAAGCAGUAAGAUUCCAAUAUAUUGAGGGAGAAAUGCGCACAAGAAUCAGAUACAAUCGAAGAACUGCGCCAGAUGCUAGCGUAAUUAGACUUGAGAAUAGUUGGAGGAGACUUUCCACUGCAAUCCAAGAGUCUAACCAAGGAGCCUUUGCUAGUCCAAUUCAACUACAAAGACGUAAUGGUUCCACAUUCGAUGUGUACGAAGUGAGUACAUUAAUCCCUAUCAUAGCUCUCAUGGUGUAUAGGUGUGCACCUCCACCAUCACUGCAGCUUCCUUAUCUUAUAAAGCAAGUUGUGCCAACAUUUAAUGAUGAUGUCUGUGUAGAUCCUGAGCCCACAGUGCGUAUUGUGGGCCGUAAUGAUCUAUGUGUUGAUGUUAGGGAUGGAGAAUUCCACAAUGGAAACCCAAUACAGUUGUGGCCAUGCAAGUCAAAUACAGAUGCAAAUCAGCUCUGGACUUUGAAAAGAGACAAUACUAUUCGAUCUAAUGGCAAGUGUUCAACCACUUACGGGUACAAUCCGGGACAUUAUGUGAUGAUCUAUGAUUGCAAUACUGCUGUAACCGAUGCCACCCGCUGGCAAAUAUGGGAUAAUGGAACCAUCAUAAAUCCCAGAUCUAGUCUAGUUUUAGCAGCGACAUCAGGGAACAGUGGUACCACACUUACAGUGCAGACCAACAUAUAUGCCACUAGCCAAGGUUGGCUACCUACUAAUAAUACACAACCGUUUGUGACAUCUAUUCUUGGGCUAUAUGAUCUUUGCUUGCAAGCAAAUAGUGGAAAUGUGUGGUUAGAGGAGUGCGCAAGUAAUAGGGCUGAACAACAAUGGGCUCUCUAUGCAGAUGAUUCAAUACGGCCUCAACAAAAUCAAGAUAACUGUCUUACAAGUGAUGCUAGUACACAAGGAACAAUUGUCAAGAUCCUCUCUUGUAGCCCUGGAUCCUCAGGCCAAAGAUGGAUGUGGAAGAAUGAUGGGACCAUUUGGAAUUUGUACUAUGAACUGGUGCUGGAUGUGAGACAAUCGGAUCCAAGCCUCAAACAAAUAAUCAUUUGGCCUUUCACUGGGAACCCGAACCAGAAAUGGUUGUCAUUACUUUGAUGUAUUGAUUAUCCUCCUAGUCUCUUGCACUUGUAGUGUUUGUAUGUCCUGUUAUGGUGCAUAGUUGCUUAAAUAAAAAGGACAUUGUAAAUUAAACCUGUAACUGAAAGGACAACAAGUUAUUGCAGUCCAGUAUUGAAUAAGAGUAAAAGCACAGGCUAUAUAGUCUUUGUGCUUUCUUUACUUAUGACAAA